UGGGAAAGGCAUAAAGCCCGAGGGAGCGGCCGGCGGACAGCAAGAAGGCGGCUGCUGAGGAUUCCGGCCAGCCAGCGGUCCCUGCCCUCCGGAGCGGCAAGUGUCGUCGGCAGCCGGGAUGACGGUUUGGGGUUUUGCCCGCUGGUCGGGUGCCCUUCUGGCCAUGGGCUUGCAACUGUUUCAGGCUGUUCUGAGUACAACCGUGAUCCCAUUGUGUGGCUCAAACGAAACAGACACCUGUACAACCGCUCUGGUGAAAACCGACAGUAGUCCCCGUGUAGUUCAAGCUGGAAUCACACGAUGCCAAUCCGAAAUGCAAAACUUCUGCUUCAAUGGGCGCUGCAUAUACAUCGUGGGCUUGGAUGAGCACCACUGCAAGUGUGAUGUGGGCUACUAUGGUCACCGAUGCGUCCACUCGAAUUUCGACCUUCUCCAACGGCCCCAGAGCAAGGAAUACAUUGUACUCGCUGUCCUCUUGAGUCUGUUUUUUCUCAUGGCAUCUUCAGUUGCAAUCUACUAUUUUUACAGAUGGUACCAGAAGAAAAAUGUGAGAUUUUCUGCAAACAAACAGUAUGAAGAAGUUGCAAGAGAGACUGAAAAAGAUGGAAAGCUGCUUCAUGUGUGAAUGGAAGGAUUCUAGAAAUCUUCUUAUUUAAUAUUAAAUAAUACUUAUUUUAUUAAUAAUAUUUAUGUUCUAUGCAAAGGAGUUUCAAAAUGAUGCUGAUCAGAAUAUACUUACAGGUCAA